CCUCAAAUGCAAGUGAGGAGCUACAUAAGCCCCCUUUAUUAAAACAUAAAAAAUAAACAACAAAGGAAGUUAUACUGGGGAGCGGCUAGAUCUGAAACGGCGAUUUCGAUUAGGGAACUAAGAACAUAGCAGGGAUGGCGACGAGAAGAAGCAUCUUUUCCCUUUCGGCAGUUGCAUUCACUUUAAUGGCUGCCUCUCUCUGCUCUGCUGCAUCAGAGAAAGCAUUCAUCAGGAAGACUGUUUCUUCCCACAACAUUGUCAUCUUCUCUAAGUCCUAUUGCCCAUAUUGUAGAAGGGCAAAAGCUGUUUUCAAAGAGUUGAAGCAAGUGCCAUAUGUUAUUGAGCUCGAUGAAAGAGAUGAUGGUGGAAAUAUUCAAGAUGCCCUGGGUGAGAUUGUUGGGAGGCGAACUGUGCCCCAAGUAUUUAUAAAUGGAAAACACAUUGGGGGAUCAGAUGAUACUGUCGAAGCAUAUGAAAAUGGCCAACUUGCUAAACUUCUAGGUAUCGCAGCUACACAUAAAGAUGAUCUUUAGUCGAAUAAAUUUUUCAUUUGCUGUUUUUAUGGAAUUGUCUCCUUAGCUAAAAAUGCAGUGAUGAAGUUUGAAUUUUUGAUAAUUUAUGUGAUUAAUAAUAGCACUGUAUCAAUGGCAGGAAUAUUUUAACUUCAAAAUUGAUGAUAAAAUUUAGAGUAGGUUUGGCAAAAA